AUGGAUAAAUCUUGGAUCAAGUUGCCACGCAAUACACCAGCGUAUUUGGUGGGACUAAAUAGCUUUUUAGAUUUUGCAUUUCAACAUGGAGCUAGUGCGGGACUAAAUAGCUUUUUAGAUUUUGCAUUUCAACAUGGAGCUAGUGCGAGUACGAUAAUAUGUCCAUGUAGUAAAUGCAGUUUUAGGAAGUGGAGAACUCGACAAGAAGUUUCUGACCAUUUGGUUUGUAAACCCUUUCCUCAAGGUUACACAUUUUGGUGUCGUCAUAGGGAGACAAUGUCAGGGGAGCAUGUAUUGGUGAAUGGAGAGGGCAUUACAAAUAUAGAAAAUAAAAAUCCAAUGCAAAUAAUGAUAAAUGAUGCAUUUGGAUUAUUUGGCACAUGUACCAAUGAAGAGUCAUUUACAUCAUCAUUUGAACAUAGAGAUGAGGUUGAAAGAGACGUAUUGGAAUCACAACAUGGAGGAAAUAUUAUGCCUAAAGAUUUGUUUGAUUUACUUAAAGAUGGGGACCAACCACUCUAUGAUGGAUGCACAAAGUAUUCAAAUUUGUCUUUCUUGGUGAAAUUAUAUCACAUUAAAGUUUUGUGUCAAAUUAGCAACAAAGCAAUGGACAUGAUCCUUAAGUUGUUGCAUGAUUCUUUUAAACAUGUAAGCAUCCCUUCAUCUAAUUAUGAUGCAAAGAAGCUCCUCAACAAGCUUGGCCUUCAUUAUACUAAAAUUCAUGCUUGUCCUAAUGAUUGUAUGUUAUAUUGGGGAGAAGAUGAAGAUAAAGAGGAAUGCAAAACAUGUAAGAGUUCAAGAUGGAAGAAAAAGGGUCAUGAAACUACUAGUGAACACAAUUUGAUAAAUGAGAAGCAACAUAAAAAAUUGCUAGCAAAAGUUUUACGGUACUUUCCGUUGAUCCCACGGUUGAAAAGGAUGUUUAUGUCUUCAAAGACAUCUAAGAGUAUGGUUUGGCACACUGAGAAUAAUACCAAUGAUGGAUUGAUGAGGCACUCCAAAGAUUCACAGGCUUGGAAGACUUUUGAUCUAAAAUAUCCUGAUUUUGCUUCGGAUCCUCGAAAUGUACGAUUGGCCUUAGCAAGUGAUCGUUUUAAUCCCUUUAGAUCCUUGAGCAAUAGUUAUAGUAUUUGGCCAUUGGUUCUCAUUCCAUACAACACUCCUCCAUGGAUGUGUCUGAAACAAACAAACUUUAUUCUCACAAGCAUAAUUCCUAGAAAGCGAAUGCUAGGUAAUGACAUUGAUGUUUACAUGCAGCCCCUUAUAGCAGAGUUGAAAGAGUUGUGGGAAAAAGGUGUUGAAACAUACGAUGCUUCAAAGAAUGAAGUGUUUAUGAUGUGA